AUGCCAGGAGGCCCAUCGGGAAGAGGCUGUCAAGGCUGCCGGAAACGCAAGAAGAAGUGUGAUCUUGCGCAGCCAUCAUGCUCUAGGUGCCUUCGCUAUGGCAUCCGCUGCGUUGGAUCUGGAGAGCGAGUGUACCGGUUCAAAAAUGCAACGGUCACGGAAAGCGUCCCGGUGGCCCGGACAGCACGGGGCAGAGAUGGGAUACUAGCUGAGGAUCAGAUGAACUCGUCACCGCCACGGCCACUCGGAAAUGAAUUAACAUCAACAACCGGAGCCUUCAUCUCAACCUUGCGGAUUUCCGACCCCAAGUUCUCGGUUCUUGGCUUCGGUCCUUUUCUUGAAGAUGUGCCAUGCCGCUUGGGAAGAAGUCAAAUUCUUCGCACUGCAGCCAUGGCCUUUUCGAGUGCCGUCACAGCAGUUCAUUCGCGACAAGCAACCCUGCAAGCUCUCAAGGACUACGGCACAGCACUCGCCUGCAUGAGAAGCAGCUUUAUGAACGAUCCAUCCCAAGUCAGCAAGACGGAGACGCUCUGUGGCGUGUAUCUUCUUCUGUUGUCUCAGAAUUUCCUCGGCGGGCACAACGAUGAGUGCUUGGUCCAUCUUCAGGGGCUGCUGUACAUUUUAAACAAUCAAGCAGCCCGAGAUUACCAAGACCCCUUCAGCUCACAAAUGGUUGACCUGGCAUCCAUCAUAGCCAUCACCGAGUGCGUCAUUGACCCCAGGGUGCAAUUACAAGGAUGGCAUGCGGAUCUGAGGAAAACAUCAUACUAUGGACCGCUGAAUAACUAUUCUGUGGUCGAUAUUAGAUCAACAAAUUUGACAGUGGCAAACCUCAUAGACCUACCUAUGUUUCUCCGGGAACCCGAAUACCACCUUGUUCAACUACGUUCGUCCUAUGAGUUGAUGAGAGUGGAAGUGAAGAAAAUAAUUCCAAUUACCAAGCAGCUGCAUGAGGCUUGUUGCACAAGCCUUGACAUGAAUUACUACAAAGGCUAUACCAUUUGCGAGUCCUCCAUCUGUGUCUUACACACAUUAAUGGCCAUUAUUCGGAGGACGCUUCAGGUCUUCCACCCGUACGACAGCACUCUGAAAGAACACGAGGAGACUGCGGCAAAUGUUGUUCUUGCUUCAGCAACACGGGCUUGGAAUUUCCGUCCUUUAGGCGCAACAUACAUGCCCAAGACGUUAUGUCUGAUAUGGGCAACUACGGAUGAUCCCAAUAUGAAGGCCAACGUGGAAGAUAUGAUUGACAACUAUCGGGAAGAUUUCAGAGGAGACAGCUGGACCAAGAUUGCCCUCUUCUUCGAGCAGCGGUUCGAAAGACUGCGCAAGAGAGUGCAGACAACCAUGCCUUACCACCUUCGGCAAGAUACAACGAGUCCCGGGUCAACCAAUGCUGAAACUGAAAGCUUCGUCAAAGUCUAG